CGCACGCUGCUGGACGGAAUCUCCGGCGAGGCGCGGGAGGGGGAGAUCAUGGCCGUGCUUGGCGCGAGCGGUGCCGGCAAGAGCACGCUCAUCGACGCGCUCGCCGGCAGGAUCCAGCGCGAUAGCCUCCGCGGCGCUGUCACGCUCAACGGGGACGCCCUCGACAGCCGCCUGCUGAGAGUCAUCUCGGCGUACGUGAUGCAGGACGAUCUGCUACACCCCAUGCUCACCGUCGCCGAGACGCUCAUGUACUCGGCCGAGUUCCGGCUACCGCGGUCGCUCUCCACGUCCAAGAAGAGGAGCCGCGUUCAGGCGCUCAUCGAGCAGCUUGGAUUAGGCGCUGCGGCCAAUACCAUCAUCGGUGACGAGGGCAGCCGCGGCGUGUCCGGUGGCGAGCGCCGGCGUGUGUCCAUCGGCAUCGACAUCAUCCACGACCCAAUCAUCUUGUUCCUAGACGAGCCCACGUCCGGCCUCGAUUCUACCAGCGCCUUCAUGGUGGUCAAGGUGCUGCAGCGCAUCGCGCGAAGCGGCAGCAUCGUCAUCAUGUCCGUCCACCAACCGAGCUACCGCAUCCUCGGGCUCCUUGACCGCCUCAUGUUCCUCUCCCGCGGUCGGACGGCGUACUACGGCCCGCCGGCCGCCCUGCCACGGUUCUUCUCGGGGCUCGGGCAGCCGAUUCCUGACGGUGAGAACCCAGCCGAGUUCGCGCUGGAUCACAUACGCGAGCUGGAGGGCUCCCUGGCCGGGACGGAGGAGCUGGUGGAGUUUAACAAGGUGUGGCAAGAGAAGCCGCUGUCCCGUACCCGCGUCCCGGCGCCACCGGCAAGCACGGACAAGCCUUGGCUGUCGCUUAAGGAGACAAUCAGCUUGAGCAUCGCCCGCGGCAAGAUGGUGUCCAGCACCGGCACGGAGGUUGCCACUUACGCGAAUCCGUGGUGGGUGGAGGUGUGGGUGCUGACGCGGCGAGGGUUCACCAACAGCCGGCGCACCCCGGAGCGGUUCCGGGUCCGGUUCGGCGCCGUGGCAUUAACCGCCUUCAUCCUGGCCACCCUUUUCUGGCGGCUGGACAAUACACCCAGUGGCGUGAAGGAGCGGUUCAGCUUCUUCGCCAUCGCCAUGUCCACCAUGUUCUACACCACCGCCGACGCUCUUCCCGUGUUCCUCAUCGAGCGCUACAUCUUCUUCCGGGAGACAGCCCACAACGCGUACCGCCGGUCCUCGUACACCGUAUCCAACGCCAUCGUGGCCUUCCCACCGCUCAUCUUCCUCUCCCUCGCCUUCGCGGCCAUUACCUUCUUCGCCGUGGGGUUGGCCGGUGGCGCCGAGGGCUUUGUCUUCUUCCUUCUCAUUGUGCUCGCCUCCUUCUGGGCGGGGAGCGGGUUCGUGACCUUCCUCUCCGGCGUGGUGUCGCACGUGAUUAUCGGGUACACCGUGGUGGUGGCCGGUGUGUCCUACUUCCUGCUCUUCAGCGGCUUCUUCGUGACCCGCGACCGCAUCCCGGACUACUGGAUGUGGUUCCACUACCUCUCACUGCUCAAGUACCCGUACGAGGCAGUGAUGCACAACGAGUUCGGCACCGACCCCAGCAAGUGCUUCAUGCGAGGGGUGCAUAUGUUCGACGGGACGCCCAUGGCCAAGCUGCCGAUGGAGACCCAGCUUAACGUGCUCAACACCAUGCUGGCGGGGGCCGACUUCAACAGCACAUCGUGCAUCACGACGGGGGCGGACAUCCUGGCGAAGCAGGCCGUGGACCAACUCAGCAAGUGGGGCUGCCUGUGGGUCACCGUGGCCUGGGGGUUUCUCUUCCGGGUCUUCUUCUACCUCACGCUCGUGCUUGGCAGCAAGAACAAACGGAGGUGA